UUUGUGUUGGAGCAGCAACGCUUAACUUUAUUAUUUUAUUUUUAACAGCUGAUUUGAUUAUGGUCCAUAGACUAAUGUCGAUAAAGUUUUCCAUCGUCCGACUGUCAGUUUCGUCAGUUUAUGUCAAACAAAUAAUGACAUUAACAUCUGUGACAUGUUUUCAAAAAAUCCGUUAGGUCGUUCGUUAUUGCCUGUCUUAAAAGUAUUUUUAAUUCUUUGCUUUCUUUUCUUUUUGUGUAUAACCGAAAUAGCGCAAGCUUGUAGUUAAUAUUAGUUUUGUCCUAAACUAGUUCACUCCUUUAAAGGGCUAUAUAAAAGCGAAUGUUUUCCAAUAAUACAAAUAACAAUUCCUCGCCGAUUCAAAACGAAAAGAGCCAUUUAAAAAGUAUAUAUUAUAAACUUCAUAAUCUAUUGGGACGUGGGACUGAUACUUGUAGCAGUAAUAUUCUUAAAGAAAAUAUGUUGUCUACGAGGAGCAGUUCUGCUGUCUCUGAGGAUAAUUUUAUUACUCCAGUGUCAUCCAUGGGCGAUCUCAUGGCUUUAUCACCAAAAAAAUCUACAUUAACCCAGCAAUCUGACGUUACAGAAGAUCUCCUUACGGGAACAGAGUUUGAUAGCAUCUGCGAUGUAACAAUGCAGGAAGUGCCUCAAUAUGAAGAUACUUUUAUAAAUGCAAGUAGUUUGGAUUACCUUGUUCAAUGCGCGGACUCUAAUCGUAACCAUAACCUUAUUGACCGUGGAAAAGAAAGUCUCUUUGUCAAGUUUGAUCCUUUGUAUGCAAGAUAUAAUCAAAUAAAUACUGAAUCAACUCAGCCUGAGGUAGUUGUUGAUUCUGAGAUCGAUAUUGGAUAUGAGACAGGCAGCGCCGCAUCAGUCUUCACUGACAAUCUUGUAGUUACACCUAAACAAACAUUGUCAGCAGCAGCCAUAUCAAAUGGCAAAGACAAACCAAUGCAAAUAGUGCCACCAGUAGUAAACUUUGAUGUUCCUAAAACAAGUGCCAAUCAAAUGAGAUCAACACCAGCCUUGGUACGAAGUGUGUCAGCAAUUCUAACACCCACUCAAGUGGUAACAGACCGUCUAAUUAGUAUUUCUGGAAGUACCCCACCAACAGCAGCUCCUCGUAGUCCUCGCUACAGUAGUUUCAGUUCCCAAGAAGUAGACCGUCUUCAAUCACUGAGAACCAUUCUUCAAAACCAAGAUCAGGAACUGUUAAAAUUACGACAUGAGAAUAGAGAACUGAAAUCAACAAUUCAAGAUAUGGAACACAAGCAUUUUAAAGCAACUGAACAUAUGGAACAGAAAAUAAAGAAGUUAAUAGAUGAAAGAGACAAUAUGUUAGAUAGGGAAAAUAAAUUGAUGCAUCAAGUAAAUGAGAAAAUUAUGAGUAACAAGCAAAUGUGCAUUGUAAUGGAGGAGUAUGAAAAAACCAUAUCAUCAUUAAUUGGUGAACAACAACAGGACAAAGUGCAAUUUCAGGAGUACAAUGAUAAAUUGGUGUCUGAAAGAGACCAAGCUUUAAAUCACCUUUCUAGCAUGGAGAGUUCAUUCAAUGACUUGCUCUCUAAAUAUGAAAAAUGUAAGAGUGUUAUAUUGGAGGUAAAAGAAAGAGAAAAAAUAUAUCAAGAUAAAAUUUCAGAAUAUGAAGUUAGUAUCAAAAAGUAUGAUGGUUUAUAUAGCAGUCUUAAACAAGUCACUUCAGAUAAUUUAUCUAAAGCUAAUGAGACAUUGGAAAACAUAAAGAAAAAUCACAACAUAGAAGUAACUAAACUGAAUGCAAUUAUAAAGAAACAUGAAAUAACUAUUGCAUCCCAGCAAGAGUCAUUGGUCCAAAAAACCAGAGACAAUGAGGAAUUGACAAGAAUAUGUGAUCAACUUAUCAAUGAAGUCCGUUAAUAAUUCAUUAUUAUUUUUUUAUGUACUAUAAAAUACAUACUUAUGUUGGUGCUUUUCAGUACAUUUAAUAACAAUAUUUGGGUAAUCUUGUAUUUAUCUAUUUUUGUAUACAAUCUUACUUAUAUUAUCUGUGAUUUCUAUUAUCAUUAUUCACUACUUAUUAUUUAAAUUUAGUGUAAAUCAUAUUCAUAUUAUAUUUUGUGCAUAUUCCUCAUUAAUAGUAAUACUUAAUGCAGUUUAUGUCGAGGAAACAUCUUCUUUAAUUUUUAUUUCAAGUAUAUCCUGUAUUUCAAAUAACAAAGAAGGAAAACCUAGUAAAUUUGAAUAAAAAGUUAUGUUCUUCCAGAUUUAUUAUUCAGAUGAAUUAUCUAUGUUCAGAUAAUGUGUUUUAUAUUAGGUAAAGAUAGAUAAUUCAUUUGAACUAUGGCUAUGUUUGUGAUAUUUGGUUUAGUUUCAGUUAAUUCUUAUUGAAUGUGUAUUCUAUGUCCUUAUGAAUAUAAAGAAAGUACCGUCUCUUGUUUUGAAGAUAUGAAACAGUGAUAUUCACUAGUAAUAAAGAUAGAAAGUCUUCAUCAUGUAAAUGUGAUAUAUGGCAAUAUUUAAUUAAUACUUAUGUUUAGUUCCCGUCAUAUGUAACAGUUUCUUAAUGGAGUCACAAUUGGUUUCAUAUGUAUACUUACUUUUAUAUUCUUUUUUUUAAAUUACUACCACCACAUGUUAUAUGUAUUAAUUGGAAACAUAAUGAUGAAAAAUCAUGUAGUUAAAAGAUAUAUCUGACUAACUUGCCAAUAAAUUCAUCCAAAUUGUGCUCAAUAUAAAUUAGUACUUAAAAUUAUUCAUAAGUAGGUUAACAUUAUGAUUUUCAAAGAUCUGAAUAUGGUUAGAUGUUUUUAUACUUACCUAAAUUUAUAUAGUGUAAAUACUUGGUACUACAGGUUUUAUUAGAGUAUAAUUGAUUUGACAAUUAAAAUUUAACAAUUAUACUUAAGUUAUUUAUUUUCUACACUUUUAAUUCUAACAGAACCAUCCUGACAUUUUUAUAAGGCUAAUAAUAUAGUUAUUAUUGUUUGAUAUUUUACUUGUUGUACCUACUCAUUUAGACUGCAAUUUCUUUUUCAAAUAAAAUGUUCACAUAUAUUU